AUUGGAUUUAGAUCUAUGGUUCAUUAUGAAUCCACCUUGUUGAUAAUUUUAUCUCUUAUCAUUUUACCAAAAAGUCGUUUAAUUUGAACUUUAAUAUUUUUUUAAAUUUAUCUUUAUGACUUAAGUUUUAAUUAAAUUGUUUUUUCCAAUUAACCAAACUUUUAUAAAACUAUCUAUGUGAAUAUAUAUAUGUAAUUUUGAUAUGGGUGUGAAAAAUCUUUGGUCAACUUUAUCUCCUGUAUCAGAAAAAAUACCUCUUUGGGAACUACAAGGAAAAAUAGUAGCAAUCGACCUAAGUGGUUGGGUAUGUGACAGCGAAAAUUUUAGCCAUCAAAGUAAUCAGAAAAAUAUGUAUCUUAGAAACCUAUUUUUCCGUACUAGUAGUUUAUUAUUAGUUGGUGCUACUCCUGUAUUUAUUUUUGAUGGAGUUGCACCAGAAUUAAAAUACAAUGUUAUGAAUAAACGCUUAAAUGACAAAAAAAAUGUUCCUAAAAAAAAUAUGAUUCGAAGCAGACUAAAUUCUUUACAAAAACAAUGUGAGUUAUUAUUUAAAAUUAUGGGAGUCACUAGUAUUUACAGUCCAGGUGAAGCUGAGAAAUUGUGUGCUGUGCUUAAUAAGAAUGGAAUUGUAAAUGGAGUUAUUACACAAGAUAGUGAUUGUUUUCUUUAUGGUGCUCGUAUUGUAUACAGAAAUUUUGUUGCAACUGGAUCAGGCUCUAUUGAUGUUUACCAAAUGGAAGUUAUUGAAGAUAAACUAAAAAUGGGUAGAAAUAAAAUGAUUGCUAUGUCAUUACUUUGUGGUUGUGAUUAUGAUGACAAAGGAGUAAAUGGUGUGGGUAAAGAAACUGCUUUUAAAUUUCUCCAACCAUUAGAAGAUUCUUUAGUUUUAGAUCGAUUAAGGUACUGGCGUAAUGAUAUUGUAUUAAAUGCAGUUGAAAGAGAUAUCAAAUCUCAGUCAGAUGAUAUAAAACUAGAAAUUAAAAUUAGAAGCAAGGCUUUGAAAAAUGAAAACUUUCCCUCUGAAGAUGUAAUUGAAGAAUUUUUAAAUACUCCUCGAUGUCCUGAUGUUGAUCCCAAAUGGGUUUUACCAGAUAUUAACACAUUUAUUACUUUUGCUGCAACUAAACUUUGUUGGGAUGAAGAUUAUGCCAUUGGUAAAUUUUUACCCUUACUUACAAGGUGGCAUUUACUAAAUGAUGAUAAUAAUCAAUCAGGAGUAAUAAUAUCUGAGAUAAUUAAAAAAAGGAUAAAUAAAGGGAUAAGUUGUUUUGAAAUUAAAUGGAAAAAUUAUGAACUUACUACUAUUGAACCACAAGAGGUUGUAAAAAUACGAUACCCAAAUGAAGUAUUAGCUUAUGUUGAAAGCAACACUAAACCUACAAAACAAACUAGGAAAAAAAAUAACAUUGAAGAUGGAGCUAGUUGCAGUGAACUUACUAGUAAAAUAUUUUCACUAAAUAUUUCUACCAAAAAUAAAAAUUCAAAAGGUCCACUAGAUCAAUUCAUAAUAAAAAAUAUGAGUGAAAAUGAUACACUGACAUUAUCAGAUUUUGAAAAUGAUUCAACUGACUUAGAUCUUUCUGAAAUUAUUAAUAAAAUAACCUUGUAAUAUUUUUAUGGAUAUUCUUUAUACUUGUUGAAGUUUUUAACUGUAUUUUAUGGUUAUUAAAUUUUUUAAUUAAUUAAUUAUAUUUCAUUUUUUUCUUUA